AUGUCUGACAAAGCAGUAAAAAAAGAUAUUGACCCAAGAAAAUCAUUUCUUGCAGGUGCUAUAGCAGGUGCUGUUGAAGCAUCCAUCACUUAUCCAUUCGAAUUUGCUAAGACUAGAUUACAAUUAAUUGAUAGGUCUUCAAAGGCCUCAAGAAACCCAUUAACUUUAAUUUAUAGGAUUGCAAAGACCCAAGGCAUAAGUUCCAUCUAUGUAGGUUGUCCUGCCUUCAUUGUGGGGAAUACAGCAAAAGCAGGUGUUAGAUUCUUAGGGUUUGAUGCAAUCAAAAAUUUAUUAAGAGAUAAAGAGACUGGUGAGCUUAGUGGUAGUCGUGGUGUGAUUGCUGGGCUAGGUGCUGGUCUUUUGGAAUCUGUUGUAGCUGUAACUCCAUUCGAAGCUAUUAAGACAGCUCUAAUUGACGAUAAGCAGUCUGCUCAACCAAAAUAUCAAAACAAUGGUCGUUCUGUAGUACGAAACUAUGCAAGAUUAAUAAAGGAUGAAGGCUUCCUUGGUUUAUAUAGAGGUGUGUUACCUGUUUCUAUGAGACAAGCGGCUAAUCAAGCCGUAAGAUUAGGCUGUUAUAAUAAGAUUAAAACCACUAUUCAAGAUUAUACUAAUUCUCCAAAGGAUAAACCUUUAUCAUCUGGAUUAACAUUUCUUGUCGGUGCCUUCAGUGGAAUUGUCACCGUUUAUUCCACUAUGCCAAUAGAUACGGUCAAGACUAGAAUGCAAAGUUUGAAUGCUUCUAAAUAUACAUCGACAUUAAAUUGUUUUGCAACUAUCUUUAAAGAAGAAGGCUUAAAGACAUUCUGGAAGGGUGCCACACCAAGAUUAGGUAGGCUAAUAUUAAGUGGUGGUAUAGUCUUUACUAUUUAUGAAAAGACUUUGGUCAUUUUAGGUUAG